ACACCGUCCUCCGGCUCGCCGUCGACAGUUUGAAUAAACUUUAUUCAUAACGGUCUUUGAUAACGUGUGAAACAUGGGUGCGCGGGUUGGGCGUAUGUUCAGAAAUUUCAACUUGGAAAACCGGGUGCACCGAGAACUCUCCAAGGACAAGCCGCGAGCGGCGCCCCGGUACCCGGCCAACCUGCCACCGCCAACCUCCAACCCCGAAGUGGAUUCAUUGAACCAGAAGAACGCGCCGCUGUUGGAGCACCUCAGGUCCGUGUACGUGGAGUCCAGAGAUCCGGCACCCGCUGCGGCAGAGGCAUCAAAGGAAGUGACAGUGGGGAAAGAACAGCGACGACCCCUCAAGUUCAGCAUCUUAGGAUCUCCGCUGGGCCUGGUGGAGCUCAAAGACGUUCCCAGUGGUAAACUGACCAUUGCUGAGGCCCUGAAGGCUGUGGGCAGCCACCAGCACCAGCCUCAGACGUGGACCCCUGAAAAGAUCGCACAGGAGUAUUCUCUGGACUUGAAAGAAACCAAAGCUCUUUUAGAGUUCUUCAUCCCCUUCAAGCUUGAGAUCAUACCUCCCAAGACUAAAAAGGCCAAGCAGAUAAAGGCUUCGUAGGACUGGUGUCUCUGUCAGUGGCAGUCAAAUGAGAGCAUAUUACUGUUUAUUUAUGUACUUCAGUGUAUGGCAAUGGGAGAAUGACCUGACAUGUAGAUGGGAUAUUUCAUGGGAGAUAGACUGCAAGAAACUAUAAAAACAUGACAAUAACUAGAUAUUUAAUCUGGAAAUGAGUUUCUUCCUUUGGUUAUUUAUCUAAUGAAAAUAAAACAAUCUAAAAAUGGGUGAUGUCCAAUAUACAGAUGGAGAAAGCCUGCAGGAAUCAUCCAGCAGUUUGGAGAGAACAUUUACUGGAUGUUCAUUUGGAUGAACAGUGUCAUAUUUGUGCAAUACGUACGCAGCUCUGGUCAGGAUGUGGCUAGCCAAGUUCAGCAUAAAGACAGUAAUCAAAUGGAAACAGCUAGCACAGUUAGCUCUGUGAUGUCCAGUCCAUAACUGUAAGUCCAGUAGCUGUGUAACUGAGAAACCCUGGUCCAAAGCUACAAGCAGGAGGAACAUUAUCUCAGCAAUAUCGCAGCAUCACUUCCUGGGACCCGAGGGGUGCUUAGAAAGUAUGUUUUAUUUUUGUUUAAAAAUGGGUGUAGCCACUGUGAUGUUACCAGCUGGUUGGUGAAGUCAUGUUUUAAAACCUUGAACAUUUUUUUUCUAUCACCAUCUGUGUUUUGAAAUGUGUACGUAUUGAUUGACAGAUUAAGUUAUACUAUAAGUCAAACAACCUAAAGCGCAGCCUUCUUUGUGUCUGUAGUAGGGACUGUAAUUUUCUGAGGUUAUAGGUCAGGGGAGCUGAAGGGUCAUUUUCUCAUAGUUUUCUUUGCAGAUACAGGACUUCUUUUUGAAACUAGAGAGGACUCCCCCUGCUGGCAGUUAGAAAGAAAACAGGUUUAAUGAGCGUCUACUGCCAUCUUAUCUAUACAGUCUGUGGAGACAUAUUGUGUUUUGCAAGUGAUUGAACUCAUUUGCAUAUCAAGGUCAUAUCACAGGUGCACAGUCAAGAUGACAAAAACAGGUGAAAAUACAAGGAGCCAUUGGUCAGGUUUUAUUUCUCAGUAACCUAUCACGUGGUACCAUCAGGCGCAAAUGAAACCCUAGUCUUUAUUAAGCUAAUGGCUAACUCCACCUCUGUACUCAUUAGGGCAAAAUAAAUGCAUACAUUUACUAAAGUAGAUCAUUUUAUAUAUCUACUGUUUAACCUUUAAAACAGGAUUUACAUGAUGAGUCAACUUUCGUGCUAAAUUGCAGCUGUUGCAUUUCAGAGUUUCAAUCCAAUAGUGAAAGUUAGAAUGAACUAUUUGAAACAGGCUGCUCUGCAUGAGUACUUCUAUUUGCUGGUACUGUGCUUGUAUACAAGCUUGUGUGAUAGAAGUAAUUCCUCUGUACAUACCACACAGAAAAGAAGUCAGUGUUUCUAACUGGUUUAAGUGUUACUUUACUGAGCCGGUGCAGUCCAUCAGGUAAAAAUAGUCUUAUGGAUAAAAUGCAGCCGUUUACUUCUACAUGUGCACUUGUCGGUAUCUAUCACAAGGGAGACAAACGGCAGUCAUUUGUUUUGUCUCCGUCCACGUGUUACUGUAGCUCCGGGUUCCUCAAGGUUCCAGAAAUAGAUUCAUUUGUAGGGUAUGUUCCAAAAUGUGGACCGGGAUGUUUUCAUGUAUUUAGAAGCGUAUUUAUGAAUGAAAACCAGCCGCUGCACACACGCACA